AAAAGGUUAGCAACUUGCUUGUAAAAUCAGAAAUGGGGUCCUGGGCCAUGGACAGGGAGGAGGGGGAAGCCCUGUGGGCUGGGCAGUGGCAGCCAGUCCCAGUGGUGCUUUCAGAGUCCUUACAUAGUCAAUGGUUCCACCUGGAGUGUUUUUUCUUUCCAGUGCUGGACUCCCAAAUUCAAGAGGGGUGUAGGAAACUAGUCUGGCUCAAGGAUUCCAAGAUGGCAUGGGCCUAGGAGGAUAGGCUGAGGGAUGUGGGUUGGUUGAAGACAAGGAAGGCUCAGGCUGACCCAAAUAGCCUUGGAAGGGAGUUCCAGAGGCAGCAUAGAAAUGGCCAGUACAGACACAUGUUCUCUCAGGACUUUCAAGCUGGCCGUCAAGGGAAGAAAUGUCACUAAAGAGGUUAGUUGCCUUUACAGGCAGCUGAGUCUCUGCCCAUGGAGGUUUUCGAGACUCAGCUAGACAAAACCUCAAGUGACUCAAUCUAGUGUUGGUGACCAUCCUGCCUGGGCAGACAGAUGGAAUUCCUGUGACCUAGGGGCCAAUUUCAUGAUCAUCACCAUCUAUAACUGGAAACUGGUUUGACCUCCUGCCUCCAUGUUUAGUAGCUCCGAUUAAAUCCUGCUGUGCCACAGAAAGGAGGUUCCUCUUUGAGGCACCCUGCAGACCUAAGCUGCCAGAGGCUUGUACUCUAACUACAGAAACCAUAAUGGAUGCUUGCAUGUGCGUUCAUAGCCUGAAAAAAAAAUUAUCAAAGGAGAAGGACUCCACGAUAGCGAAGUGCUUUGUGACUUUGAACCUUUGCUGGUUGAGGGGAUAGCCAGGUGAGUGCAAUGUUAGCGAUGGCUCCCAGGGCUGGGCAGGGCUGACCAGCAGCUCCCCAGUAUGGGGUGCCCAGAGGGAUGACUGGGAAGCCUGAACCUUCUGUUACUCUGUCCCGUGGCUGUGUCAGCACCAUGGUGACCCAUGGCCAGCAGCAGCACUUGGCAUACACAAGGCUGUUUGCCCUGGGAGCAGCCAACCAGUAAGCUGUGCUAUUCACUCUCCAACUAAGUUUUUCAGUUUCUGGCUGUUUAAUAACAUUAUUAGUUGUUUCAAUUUUCCUUUGAGGUUUAAGGAAGGGUGUCUGUGAGUGGCUGUACUAAUUGCCAAGAUUUCCUAAGCAGCUCCCUUCACGCCCUUGAAGUCCUGAGGGAUUGCUGGUGCUGGGUUAAAGCCUAGGGAAAUCCUGGGUGGGGCCUCACACUCCCAUUUUGCUAAGAGGGAGAUGUACACCCUGCUUAGCCCCUGCACAGGUUUUGCAGAACACAGAGGCCCCAGUGCACCCUGAGGGGAUAAAUCCAUGAUAAUGGAAAUAAGCAAGAGGGAAAGGCUGCAAGGAGUGGUAGUAGGUGGGGUGCUGCAGAUGGUGCUACCACUUUCUGUACAUUUUGAACCUGUUGCUCAGUCUCGUUUUGCUCAGAGGUCACUAGGAGCCUGUGAGAGUCGGGGCUGGGGCUCGGCAAUUCAGGGUGAGCAAUUCAGUGUGAGCAAUUCAGGGCCUCCCUUGGCACAAGCAGAGCAUCUCUGGUUUUGCAGCAAGAGGUGAGAGUUGGACAGAUCUGCUUGGCACUGGGACCUGCAGUGUGCAACGUCUGAACAGCAGCCAGGGCUUCAACUCUAAUUGCUUUCAAUAAAUUAAGGCAACACUUAAGGAGAAAUGAACAGAGCUCCAGGGAAACAUGAGGCAUUACAAAUAUAUUUUCCAAUGCCAGUUGACUGUUUCCUCAUCCAGGUAAGUUAAGUGACUUUUUCCCUUCAGUACACUCCAGUGUUAGGCAAUCACAAGCAUGAUUCUGCUAGAAACCAUGUUGCAUGAAAAUGCUUCCUAGAAAACCCUGGUAGUCAUGGAGUGGAGCAUCAGGAGCUGCUGUGAAAGACAACAGCCUGGAUGCUGUGAUGAGGAGUGGGUGGGAAUACUCUGACUUGGUUGCUUUUCAGGGCAAAUAGCCACAGAUCCCUUGUCUCAGUCAGUCCCACCAUACCUGGAGAGCGUCACUUGAUGGAUGCAUUCAGAGAUGGGACAAAACCUUUGCACCUGCUGUGGUUUUGGUCUGCUCUGGUGCAGCACAUGAGCCAGAUCCCUAGCACUGUGUGAGACCAUGUUCUCCUUGCAAACCUUGGUCUAGGAAGUUUCUCCCUUCCCACCACGUGACAAUUUCAUUUGCAAUGCUGGCUGGCGGGAAUGCGACAUGGCUCAGUGUGACCUGUAGUCUGUAGACCAUGUACAUCUUGAUGUGUAUAGACACACACCCACACAGACAGGUGGGAGAAGCUGUUACACCUCCCCUGCAGAAAGAAAUGUUACUCGAAGACACUGGCAUGCAAGUUUCUGUUUUCUCACUUAGACAUUUGCAACCAAACACAUAUCCUGUAGGUGGGAAGGUAUUCUUUCAGUAUUUUCUUUGUUCGCUGGAACUGUUUUAAAUACAUGGAUAAACUAUUUUAUCCCUGAUUCAAUAUUUGCACUGUUGAUUUCUUUGCCCUUACCAUUUAUUUUUUGCAGCCCUCUUUUGCUUUAUUUUUCCUCGUACCUUUUCAUAUUGUUUGCUGUAGGUGUAGGCUGUGGGUAUGCGUUCACACUGCAAUCAGUCAGUGUGGUCAUACAUGCAAGCAAGUUCAUGGCUCAGUGGCAGUAGGGUGGAUACAGCCCUGGAAUAACUACACCCACCCACUUGUUGGACCCUUUCCAAACACACACUGUAGGUUAUGGGAUGGCAUGGUGAGGGAAGUCCUUCACCCCGUUUCAGGUCUCUGGAUGGGAUGAAGGUGUGAGGAGGGAAUUAGAAGGCUAGGGCCAUUCAGACUGCAAAAGAGACUGUGGUGCUUUGUAAUAGGGGCUGAGAAGACCCUAAGUUGCACAGAGAAAGUAAACUGGAAUAAUGAAGAAAGUGAGCUGUCAAUUGUCUCCUCUGCCACGAGGACAAGGGCCACAAGGGAAGCCAGCAAGUGUCAAAGCCAAAGGAGCUUCCUCUUCUUGCAGUGUGUCAUUUGGAUGAGGAACUUCUGCCUACAGGAAGCAGCAGAGGCUAGCUGGCUCAUCAGGUUCAAAAAGUGGGCAAAUAUUUUUAAAACAGCUACUGUCUGGAAAAGGUGACAUGGUGGAGGUCUUUUUUGUAAUUUAUUGCACAAAAUUCUAAAGUUUUUAGAAACAGAAGUACCUCAUGUUGAGUUGUUUUAGACUAAUACAUAAUAUCUCAGCACUGGGGCAUGCGUAUUUCAGUGACUCCAGUCCAAGAGUUGUACUGGAACUGAGGGUCAAGAAGUCUUAGUACUGAAAUUCCAGGUUCAGCCUCCACACGUUGGUAUUGCAUAUAUCUAGACUGAUAUUGCAAUUUUGCCUUUUGCACCUUAGCCAGGAAAGGGAUCUUAAAAAAUAUUUUAACAUCAUAGAAUUUUGGCUUGCUCUUAAAGCAGCUCUCUCUUUUGUCAGAACAUCUCUUUCAGGGCAGGCUGAGUGUUUUUCCUGAGUAGCUGUAAGUCUGUGUUUGAUAUAUGUGGAGGUAUGGUCGCUGUUUGAUCUCUGUCUUUGCCUUCUUCAGGAGCAGAGCCCUUGGGUGGUGCCAGGUUGGGCACAGGGUGACACAGUAUUCAGUCCUUCUGCAGGUAAAUGCUGAAAAGCCAGUCACCUAAAUCCCUAACUUAGGUCCAAAAAUCCUCUUUCAGUGUUCAGUUGGAAGGAAGGAGAUGGGCUUCCAUGACUCUUGUGGAAGAAUUGUGGGUCCCUUACUACUCAGGAAUAUUCUGUGAUUGAUUUCACGAUUCUGUGAAACAGUGGAAUUUCCAUAAUAAUUAUAUUGCCAUCAAUCACUUCUCUGGUAUUUGCCUGUGAGAAACUCAUUACGAGGUACCUGGGGCCAGAUGACUUGGAAUCAGUUAAGAUCUGGGCUUGGCCAUCUUGCAUCAACCCCUGACGUCCGAAUGCCUACCACAAGCUGGCUCAUGUUGGAUUAGAAGUGAAUCUGCCUGCUGGAUACACGGGAUGCCCUGUGGGCACAGACCACUGUCAUGGUCCAUGGUCGAAGUAUGUGAAUGAGAAGUGAUCAAAUCCAUGCUCCUUUCAGAGUAACAGCAGCACUGGCACGCCAGGAUCAUUGUGUGGAUGUGAUGUGUCUCAAUACUAGGACAUUCCUAAAGACUGAGGUACAUGUUAAUGAAAUUGUGAGAGCAGGACCGAUGUAGCACCUCAAAUCCCCCUCAAAUGAGAUGGACCAGAUCCUCAGCUGUUCUUCUGUGCUUUUUUUGUCUUUGACACCCCUGAGAUUUCUUACUACUUAUGACUCCCUAGGCUGUGAUUCAGGCAGAACUCAACACCUAUUAGGUGGUACACGUAGGAACAGUCCUGCUGUGGUCAGUGGAGGACAUCUCACCGUGGUGCUCCUCAGGACCCAGACAGGGGCUGUGUCCAUGUCUACCAUGCCGGAUGCACUGCUCACCCUCUGACACCUCAGAGCAACCCUGUGGGAAGGCUGAGAGGAUGAGUUCACCCUUCCAGAGGGCCGAAAAUGAAACCUUUUGAUCUGUUAUUUAUUUUGAGUGUUACUCUGACUAGACAUAGAAAAAAAACCCGACAAAACAAAAUCAACUUGAAGCCUCAGGUGUUUAUAAAAAAUGUAGCUCAGUAAAUUGCUGUUGUAAAGGGCAGCUUCUCUUGGGGUUGCACAUGAAUGAAAAUGUUAAGCUAAGGAUUUGUCUUUCCCACUUGGCAUCAAUACCUGUGGUCAUGCUCUAGAAGUUUGACUCGUUUUGUCAUUAUUGAUACACAAAAUAAACAAAACCUGAGACAAAGGGCAAGCUUGCAAAUAGGGGAGCAGCCACUGGGGAAUUUUAUUUUAUUUGUUUGCAUUUUAUUACCGUCUUGUGCCAGCUAAUAAGGUGACCUUGCAACAGACAGAUGUAGAUAAGGCUGACCACCUCUGUUGUCUUAUUUUGCAAGCUGGGAAGUAAGUUGCUGAAAUUAAUGGGAAUAGGGAGAUUGCCUGUGGGGGAAAAAAUCUCCUGCCACUGUUAAUUAAAAGAGUGCAGUUUUACAAGACAGAUUGAAGUAACAUCAAUCACAUAAAUCAAGUAAAAUCAAUCAAGUAAAAAAGAUUGGGGGUAAAAAAAUGAAAUUAAAAUAGGCUGGUAUUUUUCAUUGCUUCACCAAGAAGAAAAAAGCCAUGGAGCUGAACCAUAGCCAGCCAUUCUGAUCAGCAGAGACAGGAGGUUUACCUGUAAAAAGAUAGAGAUCACCUGCUGACAACGUGAAAAAACUUGAAACCACAUCUUUUAAAAACAUUCCUAUAGUUUAAGCUGAAAUUCCUCUUCUCAGACCUUGCCAACAACUCUUGGAGAGUAUUAAAGUUCAAUGGCCUUUCCUGGCAGGGCAGGCUUGUACGAGCCAGGGGCGGGAAGUUGUGUUGAGAGUGUGGUAGCAUGCGCCAAGUUUAGUUUUGUUGAGUUGAGAUACUACCAGUGUGUAAAGAUAAUGGGAAUGGGCUAGAUCAGCAGCUGCACAAAGCAAAAGGAGAACUGAAACUAUGCCCCGGUGGCCAAACCCCCUCCCACAAAAAAAGGUCAGCUACCUUCCAAGAUGGAGUAGGUUUAAAGGUGGCAGGGCAGAACCCACAUCCAUGUAAUUUUUACAAUCUUUCCUUGAACUCUGAGGUUUAAAGUGAGGGUCAGGACAAGCUCACUGUUGAAAUCAAAGUUUUGCAAAACUCCACAGGACUGGAAGUAUGACUGUCCCUGGUGAAUACAUGCCCUGCUUCCCUUGCUCACCCUCCAGCACACAUCUAGGACAUUUUUUUUUUCAGAAGCAAAGUGUUACCAACAUAAAUCUGUUCCUGUUUGCAAAAAAUUUGUACUUUUGCUGUAGGAUUAUUGUGUCAACACAAUUUAAGAUGCCUCCAACUAAGUGUAGAAUUAUGUAUAAAACAGGUUGAGACUGGAUUAGGAAGUUACUGUCAGUGACUUCAACUGAUGUGGAUUACUCUUGCUGCAGUUAAGUGGAAACUGGUAAGAUACAUCAUAAAUGUUCAGAUUACAUGCAUUACUGGUUAUGUUGUUGUACUGACAUUCCAUGUAUACUUUACUUCAUCCCAUACUGCUUCUAAACAAAAAUGUCUUUCACCCUCUAGGAGGAAGGACACGCAGAAUAAAAGAAAUACGGAAAGGUAAAUCAGGGCUGCAGUGUUUUUGUCAAUAGUGAAAUACGUUGUUGCCAGCGCAUUGUCUGGUGCUGAAUGGUGAGUGAUGCUCUGUCUGCUAAGAACAUUGGUGGUUCCGAUGUUCAUGAAGAUGUGCUGUGGGAUUAUGGAUUUGUGCUGAACCCUCAGUGCCCUGUGGUGCCCUCGUCAUGCUCUCAAGCAGUGACAUGCUCGGAGGGUGGGAUAAGCUAACUCAGCUCCACGUUUGCACCAAGGAAAACAGCCCUCCUGAAGAAAUACCUGCUUACCUAAACCAAUGGAGAAAAGCCUUUGAAGGCUUCCACAGGGAGAUCCUCUUUAGGAAGAACCUACAUUUAGAUGUGGCAGCCUUGCAAACAGAAUUGUACGUUGCUGAACCCUGGGCUGCUGCCAUUGAGGAAGGCAUCAGGAGGCUGAGGCUGCUCCCAUAGCUGAGCCACCUCUACCUUUCUGGAUGCCUGGGGACAUUUAUCUCUUUCUGGAUACUGUGCCCAUGUCACUGGUGGCCUGUAUACCAUCAGCUCUCCUCUCUGUGGCGUAGGCUCAUCUCUCCAUCGUUGGUCACCCUGAGGACCAGGGUGGCAGUGGAGCAUAUGGGGUUCAACCAUGUCCUGGCAGAGACCUUUGGCAAAGCUGCCAGCAAAGAGCAGCCAGCAAACAGCUCCUGAUCCACCACAUUUGUUUCUUCUCCUGGACAUAGCCUGAUUCUCCUCUUUCCUACUCAGUGCUUCCACUUGACAUCCACUUAAUCCUGUAAGAAAGGCGCCAGUGCUAGGAUUCUUCAGCUUUUCAACCCACAACAUUAAUGCUGGAUUUUAGCCCACGACUCCAAGCAUUUCUGUCCCAAAUGUGAUGACAGAAACCUUAUUAACUUACAAGAAUGUUAGACUGGUUCUAAUGGGGAACUCUGUUCUCCUAAAGAUUAAAUAUUUGUGCGCUUCCUUGUAAAGUUAGCCCUGGAGGUGCAGUUCUGGUGACCUGGAUAUUAGGGCAUAGGUGAAUUCUUGUUACUCACCUAGUCUGUGAUUUUACUGUUUGUCACUGAAGGGUCUGUCCACUUGUCAUCUGAUUAUGCAAAUUCACCUUCCAUGUGAGUCGUGAUUUAAGUUUCGCUGUUUUUCAGGGUCUGACUAUGUGCAGAAGGAGUUGUAGUCUUUUUUUUUUUUUUUUUUUUUUCUACUUCCUUUCUCUAAACACCACCCCUUGGCAGUAGACCUGCUGACACCUCAGAGCAAGACAUAGAUAAAAAGGGUAGCUUGUCUUCCUUCUCCACACUCAGAAGCAAGUGGCAGAGACUGCUCAGGAGUUUGGAAGCUGCUGGCAUUGCAAGCAUCUUGGGUAGAUCCUCUGACAAGAACCAUGUUCAGCAACACUGAGACCAGUCUGAAGGUCACUGAGAUUGACUUUCUGAAGAGACAGAACACGCAGCAGCACCACACGGAUGGGUACAACAUCAAGAACCUGGUGGUGCGGCGAGGGAAGCCCUUCCAGGUGCAGGUCAGCCUCAGCAGGGAGCUGAGGGCUGCUGACAAGCUGUCUCUGAGCUUCAGCAUCGGUGAAAAUCCAAUGAAAAACAGGGGGAGCCUGCUGUCACUGAAACCAGAGCGGGAGGAUCCCAAUGGGUGGAAAGUCUCCGUUGUCAAGAAGAAUGGCAAUGAGUGCCUGCUGUCUGUCACCAGCUCACCCAAUGCCCCUGUGGGAAAAUACAACCUGCAUGUGAAGACUGGCACUAACAUUUACACGCCUGAAAAUGGUGUCAUCUACCUUUUGUUCAAUCCUUGGUGUGAAGAUGAUGCUGUCUAUAUGGCCGAUGAGGCAGAGAAGGAGGAAUAUGUGCUCAACGACACCGGCUACAUCUAUGUUGGGUCUGCGUACAGCAUCUACGACAGACCCUGGAAUUUUGGGCAGUUUGAGGAAUUUGUCUUGGAUGCCUGCAUGUAUCUGCUGGACAAAAGCAAGCUCAAGCUGACUGAGAGAAGGGAUCCUGCUCAUGUGUCCAGAGCCAUGUCUGCUUUGGUUAAUGCCAACGAUGACAGCGGAGUCCUGCUGGGGAACUGGUCAGGGAAUUACGCCAAUGGAACAUCCCCUAUGGAUUGGAUUGGGAGUGUCACGAUUUUGCAGCAGUACUACAAGACCAAGAAGCCGGUCCGUUAUGGCCAGUGCUGGGUCUUUGCAGGAGUCCUCAAUACAGUCAUGCGCUGCCUGGGAGUGCCAUGCCGCUGUGUGAGUACCUUCGACUCGGCCCACGAUACGGAGGAGAACCUGACAGUUGACAUUUACCUGAACGAGAAAGGAGAAAAGCUGAACUCGUUGUCCUUCGACUCUGUCUGGAACUUCCAUGUGUGGAAUGAUGCCUGGAUGAAGAGAACAGAUAUGCCAAAUGGGUUUAGUGGCUGGCAGGCAAUCGAUUCAACCCCUCAGGAGCAAAGUCAAGGUCGUUUCCAGUGUGGCCCGUGCCCGGUGAAGGCUGUCCGGGAAGGAGAUGUGUACUUGCCCUACGACGCCAAGUUCGUGUACGCGGAAGUGAACGCUGACAGGGUCUACUGGGUGGUCAAGAAGGUGAACGGCAGCGACAAAUACUUCAAGGUUGGCACGGAGACCCAAGCCAUUGGCAAGAACAUCAGCACAAAGGCCGUGGGGCAAAACAGGCGGGAAGACAUCACCCGAGAGUACAAGUACCCCGAAGGCUCCAAAGAAGAAAGGAUGUCUAUGCAAAGAGCCUACAGCUUCAUACGCCCUUCGGGAUUGAUGCCUCGUUCAGGCUAUGCUUCGACUGUGCAGACACCAAGCGGCAGCACCGAGCCUUUGGUCCCGAAGGAGCCAGUCACCGAGACUGGGCUCAACCUCGAGAUAACCAAUACAGAACCUUUGCAUCCUGGCAAUCCCCUUGAACUGGCCAUCACAGUGAAGAUCUCUGCUCCUGGGAACUGGACCGUGAACCUUACUGGCUCCUGCCAGCUGCAGUACUAUACCGGAAAUGUUCAGGCCAAUCUUGGAACUAUCAAGGAGACCAUCAAUCUUGAAGGCCCAUCUGAGAUGCAGAUCCCCCUGAAAAUAGCACCUGAUGCAUACAUGAAGACACUGUCCUCUGUGGAAGAUGAAGUGCUCAUCCUUGUCACUGCCAUUGCCGAGGUCGAGGAAACAAAUGACAAACUCACCAAGGAGACCUCAAUGAGAUUUGAGUAUCCCCCCAUCACUGUCCAGAUGCCAGAAACAGCCAAACUGUACAAUGACUUCAACUGUGCAUUCAUCUUCAAGAACAAGCUGAAUGUGACCCUGGAAAACUGCAAGCUGCUAGUGGAGGGCUUGGGCAUAUUUAAGAUGACAACAUUUGACCUGGGGGAUAUAAUGCCUGGCAAGAUCGUGAAGUCUGAAAUAACAUGCACCCCGACAAGACUAGGAGAGAAGAAAAUCGUAGCCAAGCUGAUCUCAAACCAGAUCAAAGGGAUCUCUGCAGAGAAGGGCAUCUUCAUCACCGAGUAGGAUCGGUGCCUUGUCAGCGUGCAAAUGUUGGCCUUGCUAAAUGUAUCGCAUCACUGGACACUUCUUGCCUUCUUGAUUGCUGCACAGUACUUUUAAAGUAAAGAGCAAAAAUGCCAUAAAGCUAAGGGAAUUAAACUGGCUUAAGGGCACAGUUGCAUUGAUUGCAGUUAAUUGUGAUUCAAUAAAGAUUGUGAAAAUUGA